AUGGAUCUUAUCAUCACAUUUAAGAAAAAACUAGGGUUUUCUCUCCCAGACCCGAUUACCGAAGCAAAGUCGCACGCCGUCUUUCUCGACGCCGGUAAGGCCUUUGGCUGCCGGCGUCGGGUCCUCUUCUCUGUAGCUUGCUUUGCUCUGCUCUGGUUCUACUUUUUCGUCCUCGUCAAUUGCUGGAAUCGUGUUUCUGCCGUCUCCUACGGCUCUGCUCCGUCUUGCCCUCUCGUCUCCACCUCUCUUACCCCACGCCAGACCACCGCCUCUCCUACUCCCCUCUGGGUCGCCUCCUCCUCCCAUGGUUCACUCCGCCUCACCGCCUCCCCUGUUUCUCGCCGGCUCACCGUCUCCUCCGCAGUUCAUCUCCAUGUGACCACUCAUCCCCUCAGAACGAGAAGAAGUGCUAAAGCUCUUGAUACUAGAUCUGCUCGCCUCUCUGAAACUGCAGAGCCAACGCUUGAGUGUCAGUCUGAGCCCCCGCUUCUCACCUCCGUCAAUGUCCAUCAGAUCCCACCCCUCGACGCCGCUCCUCUCUGUACAAGCAGAACCACCAGAUCUACGCAUCCCGAGGGUAGACUCGUCAGAUCUGGGGGUUUAUGCGUAUCUGAAGCGUCUCAUUCCCUCCGUUCCGUCUCGUGGCCAUCUCAACUCUGUGAAAUGCUGGGUAUGUAUUCUCUCAGGGAGCUUAACCCCGACAGAUUUCUUGAGUUGAGUUUUCGAAAUGUUGCAAUAGGAGUGUGGUUUAGCUCAGGUCUCGACGAGAUCUAUGGAUCCCGAUACGGUAAUAUCGGAGUUCACUUUCUCAGCUGGAGCUUAGUUCGCACUCCCUCAUGGUUGAUCUUCAGGAACAUUGCCUCACCUCUGCCGCGUCGCCUCCGUAUCCCAAUCCCUUCCGAGAGCCGCUGGUACUCAAAUGACACAUGCUUUGGUCUGAGCCAAAACUAUUUAUGGAGCUUAAACUUGCUGAUUGUUAUAAACUUGAGCCAUUAUUCUUUCUCCGAAGCAUCAUGUCUGUUUACAGUCUGCCAUUGCGCCUCAGUGCAAAGGGUUCACCUAGCCCAAAACCGUGAUGUUGUGCUUAAAUUGCCAUUAUUUGUACAUCUAUCACAUGUCAGUAGAGUUUUCAUUAGCUCUCAUUUUGUCACUGGCGCUAUUCGGUUUCAUGGUCCAUCAUAUAUGUUCGUCAGCGUAAAAUCUAGGACUUUUAUACUCUCCGGUUCUGUUGAGAUUCACCUAGUCUCUUCGUGGAACCUCGAUGUUGGAGCUAGAGCUGUUCAUGCUCUUUCCACCUCCUUCCAAACUUUGCAGUUUGGUAUAAUCAACGUCGGUUUCGACUACUUCAUGCUCGUGGUAGUAACCUAUUCAGGGAUACAUCUCAUGCUUCCCACGGUUCUCCAAUGGAUGAGCAAGACUCUCUCAUUUAGCUUUGUUAUCACUUGUUUUAUGUUAUGUUUUAUGAUCAUCAAACCGUCGAGGAUCCCUCGGGUUCUUAUCUUGUUACCGUUGAGCUUAGCUCCGGAUGUAAUGGUUUAAACUCUUUUAGAUUUAA